UUUUCGUAUAUUAUUUUCGUGGAUAUAUUUUUCAUACUCUUUUCUAUUUUACUUCACUUUGCCUCAAAUAAAAAAAAUUAAAAAGAUGUAGAAAGGAAAGAAAUUAGAUGUAGCGGUUAAUUAUAACAUAUUUAUAAAAGACAAGAAAUUAUAUGAAAAAUCCAACAUAUUAUCAUAAAUAUUUCGGUAAAUCAAUUUCACAUAUUUUUCUUUCUAAUUUUUGUUGGUACCUUUUUUUUUUCUACCGGCCAAUAAAUUAUUAGAUCUAAUCGAAUGUCUAUAAAAUAGUGGUGACAAUAGUACAUGUACAUAUAUAGUAAACUUAUUCAGUAGGAAUCAUGUGAAACUUAAUAUAUCUACAUAUUUCUAUACAUGCUAAUACCGAUCAAUGUUGAAUAUAUCUGUAUAAUAGACUAUUAUCUUUUCGAAACUUUGCUGAGAAAAGAAAUGCCACGAGAAAUAUAUAUUUUUUUGUGAUAAAAAAAAAUGAUUUAACAAACUGCUUUAUACCAUUUCAAUUAAUAAUUAAUUACUGUACUAAUUAAAACAGCUAUUGAGUAGUGUCCCAAAACUUAGAGUGAGUUAACUCUUAGCUUUAGAGACCUUAGGCAUAAGACACUCUUUAUUCGACCCCUACUGAUCCCGAUGAAAACAUUGACCGCAUCACACAUCACAUCGAACAGUAACCGACCAGAAAAUAGUUCUAAAAGAUCAACAAUUCCAACAUCUAUUAAUCUUGACGCAAAUUUUGAAAAUACGAAGAUUUAACACCAGAAUAUAUUAAUUGAGGUUGAAUAUAACCAAUCGGAGUGAAUUGCCACCGCGCAAUUAUCACAGAGGGUGAUUUCAGAGAGCGCGGAAGAAUAUAUCAAACGGGCGAAUCACAUACGCUGCUUGCGACAAAGGAUAGUGAAACAUGUCAUACAGAGGCCAUUUGGGUAAAUAAGGUAGAUUCCGAAUAGCCGAAAAAAAGUUUAUGUUUUACAAACACUGAGGGUCUGGAAAUUUGCUGGAUUUCCAGGCAGUGAAAAAAGGGAAUGUUAAAUUCUGACGGAUUAUCGGAGGGAAGCGAAGCUUGGCAGCAACGAAGAGCAAGGUACCUACCUGGUAGUGGUAACGAGGGGAUGAACCCCCAGGGGGUGUUCUUUCGGGAGGGGCCCGCCCCCAGCAUGCAUCCCAAUGUUUACCCCUCCUCCUCACCUCGUACAUCUAACCCAACCUUUUAUCAGCAUCACAGAUUUACGUCGUCGCAUCAUCAGCCUCCGCCGCCGCAAUACGGCACUCUCCACCAUCAGGGGGUGACGCGACAUCAGCCGCCGCCCAAUGUUACAGUAGAAACGGUUAGUAUAAUGUGUGUUUGGUUUUCUCUUUGGUACAGGUUGUUCUCGGCAGUCAUGAUGAACGACCAUAACGGCCCGCACGGAACGUUCGGUGACCGAGUGAACAUGCAUUCAGAUAAGGAACUUUCCGAUUUGCUCGAUUUCAGUGCGAUGUUUUCUCCACCAAUCGGCUCCAAUGGAGGCGUGAAGAAUAACCCUCAGCAAUCCAACCAAAACAUGGAGUUUGGGUUCAAACCAGGAUUAGAUGAAGGCUCGUGGAAUUCAAACAACCCCCCUGGUUCCUUCGAUAGAGGGAUGUAUGACCAGAAUUACAACGGCCAAACAACAGACAACAUGCACCCAUUUACCAACGAAGUUCCUAACCUAAUCAACAACAAGACCACAGACCUGCCUUAUAGAACUAAUAUGCCUGGAGCUCAGGGAAUGAUGGGAAGUAAUGUUCCCAUGUCUCCGGACUCACUCUCUCCUGGUGCAAAAUCUCCUUACUUCUACAACAAGCAGCAAGACAUGUCAAUAAAAGGCAGAAGAGCCAGUACCCAUGGUGCUUCAGGGAAAAGGUCAAAGGAACCAGUUUAUGUGACCAUGUCCAGUGACAACUAUCCCCGACCUUUUCCCAUGUUUUUCUACCCGAGACCCCUACGCCCUACGGCUAUGAUGUAUCCCUCCAGCCCUGAGGAGUACAAUGAUUCCAGCAAUAGAUACCACGCAUCCCCAAACCCUAUGUUCCCCAAGGAUUCUUACUACAUGCCAGAUGGUCCUGGACAUAACACGCCCGACCCCUGGUCCUCCAGCAAUGGACUUCCGACUUCCACAUAUCCCUCAAUGUUGCCAGGCAACAGUCAUCAUUCUCAAGCAUAUCCCAGCAUGCAUCACUCUCACGACAUGGUAAGGUCCUCUCCAGUCGGGAACUCCGACGUGCGACAUUCGCCCGGAGUAAUGGUCGCGCAGUGGUUGGGAAAUAACCCCCCUUCUUCUUCCUCCUCCUCUGUUCCUUCAUCGAGGCAUCACCCCCAACAGGGUUACUCCAAUGUUCCUCCUCCUCCUCCACCCCAGGACAACCUGGGACUACCCCCCAUGUCAACAUUCCGACCGGGCACCACCAUCCCUACCACCUCAUACUCCACCACCUCACCCACGGUCAAUGGUGGGGGCAGCGGAGGCGGGGGUCAGGGGUCGCAGACCGGGGACGCCAUCAACAAAGCUCUGGCAUCUAUAUAUUCACCCACAGAUCAUACCAAUAGUAGCUACGGUUCAAAUCCCUCCACCCCAGUAUCUUCACCACCCCCAGGAUCAUCAAGUCAGUGGCAGAGACCAUCCACCCAGACUUCUACCUCGCCCCACUUUGAAGGGGGAAACCCCCUCCAUUCUCUGCCCAGCAGAUUGGAAGAGAGGCUGGAUGAUGCAAUUCUAGUUCUGCAUGAGCAUGUUGUCACGGGCGAGCAAAGUCGUAUGGAAGAGCGUCUAGACGAUGCUAUACAUGUUUUGCGGCAUCACGCAGGGGAACCACAGAUGGCUGGUCUAGCGGCAGCAGCGGUGGGUGGUGGUGGUGGCGGUCAUCAGAAUCUGUCCAUGAUGCAUUCUGGCGGGAACCACCCCAAUGGUAUGAGUGGAAUGUCCAGUUACUCUGGGAUGGGCGGAAUUUCCAGUCAUGUGGAUCAGAUGGGGAGCCAUCACAACACAUCAGAAAACACGGAGUCCAAGAGCCUUGAUGGUGCUCCUUCAGAGAAAGCCAGCCUGGCCCUGAAAGAGGAGAAGAUGGACAAAAUCGACGGCGACUCGACCAAAAGCGAGAGCUCGGGGGAGGGGUCAAAGAGUAGUGUCACCUCUCCCGGGGGCAACGGUCCCCCUAGUAAGAGAUCUAGGUACGGAGACGACACCAGUUUAGCAGGAAGUGAACCCAAUGACGAAGAUGAAUCUCCUGAAGCCAAGGCGGAAAGGGAGAGAGUACGACGUCAGGCCAACAAUGCCCGGGAAAGAAUCCGGGUGCGGGACAUUAAUGAGGCGUUCAAGGAACUUGGCCAGAUGGUGGCGCUACAGUCGGGCUCCACCCAGCCCCUCACCAAAGUGAUGAUUCUCCAGCAUGCUGUUCACGUCAUCUCCUCGCUAGAACAGCAGGUCCGAGGUCAGUCUGUCGGUGAUCCCUCGGCAACCCUAAAGGUCAAGGUCAUCCAGGAAUUAGGGCAAUUGCUCCGAGUACGCGACAUUAACGAUGCGUUUAAGGAGCUCGGUGAAAUGGUGUCCCUCCAAUCAGGGUCUAGCCAGCCCUUAACUAAGCUCAUGAUCCUACAGCACGCGGUAAACGUUAUAACCGCCCUGGAGCAACAAGUGCGAGGUCGUGGCCUUGUUGACCCCAAGUCCUCUGUUACCAUGGAGACCGAGAAAGAGAAAUCAGCUGAUCAUCAAGGGAUUCGGGUGCGAGAUAUUAACGACGCGUUCAAAGAACUAGGACAGAUGGUGGCCUUACAUUCGGGGACCAGUCAGCCACUAACCAAGCUGAUGAUACUACAGCACGCCGUUAAUGUAAUUACCUCCCUUGAGCACCAAGUGAGAGAGAGGAAUCUCAAUCCCAAGGCAGCAUGUCUGAAACGCCGCGAGGAGGAGAAGACGGAGGAGCUGCCAGGAGGUCGCGGCGGCAUGACGGCGGACGAUCUGGCCGCGCAGCAGGCAGCGUUAUCAGGUUCUGCCUCUCUGAGUCAAAUGGGGUCAUGUGGAGGAGGAGGGAGGGGAGGGGGCGUGUCCAUGAACAACGCCCCCACAAACAGACACAGUGCUUACCCGUACAUGUCAGGGGGCGGUCAGGAGAACAGCCCCUACAUGAUGGGAGGGGAACCCCCUGCCAUGAAAUAUUCAGACUCUAAGUGUUCGUCCUCCAAGUCGAUGGAGUCAGAGAUGGCCAUGAAUGGGAUGGGUCUGUCCUCGUCGUCGGGCGGGGGCGGCCUGGACCACUGUGGCCCCGGUGACAUGGGGAUGCUGGCCCGACUGACCUCAGACCAAGGACACUCCACCUGCUAGCCGCUAAAAAAUUAAAAAAAAACAAAAAAUGGAAUUUUUUUUAUUCCAAACAAACUGAAAGGCAAUAAUGAUUAUAAUUUUUUUUUUUUUUUUACAUGUGUAUAAUCACUGCUGUAUCAAUAGUGAACAUAAGGUAACUCUUACAAAGAGAAGGCCAAUGAUGGCUUUGUCCAGUUCAAGAGUUAUCCUCCUCUGAGAGAUAACAUUUUUCUUCCCUCUCGAUGUUACGAGAGCUCUCUUGUGUUAAGUAGUAAGGUCUGCUGUGACAAGCUGUAGUUGUUUGAUUCUUGGUCACAGGAAAGCUUUUUUUUAUGUAAAAUAUAUGUUACGCUGUUGAGCAGGCUAUGCCAGUACAUUAUGAUUUUCAUUACGUUUCAUUGCUGUUAUUUUGUCAGUUGCCAUAGUAACAAAACUAUUUUUGAGAAUCGAGAUUCGAUUUUUCUGAAUAUGUGCUUUGUCUCUUCAAAUUUUUAUUGCCAAUGAUAUGAAAGUGUAAUUUUUAUUGGGAAUCAAAGAGUCAUGCUUUAUAUCUAUAAUGAAUAAUUAUAUAAUUGAAUGAGGGAAAUAAAUUGGUAAAGUUAUUUAAAUGGUGUGCAAUUUUUCUAUAUGGAUGACAAAUGAUAAGAAAUUUUUAUUACGUAUUUUUAGACAGAAUGAGAUAAAGGCUAUCUUUACAUAUAAUUUUUUUUGUAUUGUUGAAAAAUUUUUGGAUGUUAAAUUUUUACCUAGGGACGUGGGACCUCGCUAGGAACAGUAAUUUACAAAUUGCUGACAAAAAUAUUGAUGAUAAAGAUGAUACAAAAGAAAAGGUUGUGAAAUAUUAGAAAUGAUCCUUUGGUUGUGUUUUUUGCUAUUAUUCUAUAGCAAAGAAUCAAGUCAUACAUGCGAAAAAGGCUUGUAUCAUGAAGCCGAUAUCAAUGAUAUUUUACUAAAGCAUUAAUACAGGUCAAAAAUCUUCUGUGGAGCAAUUUGUAUGUAAACGCAUAACAGCAUAUUGAGCUUAGUUUUUACUUGGUGCAUAUUUUGAGUGUUGAUUAUAUAUAAUAACGCAUUGUAAAUAGUUCAUUCUUCAUAUUAUGCAUGACAAUUCUUGAAGCCAAAAUAUCUUUCAAAAGCCAACUAAACAUCAUAGACAAGGGCUGUAACUCUGUCGUGUUUUUUUGGUUUUAAGACAAAUUUGGUAGUGCCAUUGGUGAAUUUUACUCCUUGGUUGCACAUUUUUUGAGAGAGAUAAAUUUAAAUCUUUUAGAUUUGAUGAAUGCCAAAUAUUUAAUUAUUUUCUUUGAACUUCAUUCUUUGUGUUUAAUGAAUAAGAACUGUAUGAGGGGAAAAAAUGCCAAAUUUCAAAGGACAAAUAGCUUUCAUGACUUGUUGGCCUGUGGUUCUGGGGUUAGCCCCCUUUGUAUAAAUGUACAUAGCACCUUGAGAAUCGUUAUUAUUAUAAAAGUAUAUAUCAAGUCAGUGCCUGUCUUUUUACUGGGACGCCAUGAGUUACCUCCCUUUGAUUUAUUUGAACCAAAGCAAUGCUGUUGUGAGGUAUAAAGGGAGGGAAUCGUGAAGUGUCCUCGGUGAUGCAUUACGUCAUUUAACAUAGAGGGAAAACAUUCUUCCAGUUGGCUUUUUUUUUUCUUUCUGUGUGCAUAGUGUAAAAUUGAUGAUCUAAUGUACUGAUGAGAGAGAGAGAGAGAGAGAGAGAGAGAGAGAGAGAGAGAGAGAGAGAGAGAGAGAGAGAGAGAGAGAGAGAGAGCAAUCAUAUCUGACUUCAUUUUGUCAUGUCCAGCCAAAGGGAGGUAAAGCUUGUGUUCUGAUUCAACUUUGGAUGAAUGUUCAAAUUGACCCUUACGUUAGAUCAAGUAUUACCUUACUACGACCACCACAAGAAAGUUUGUGUAUGUUGUAGAUCAUUUACUCACCAAAAGUAAAACACCUCAAAUUUUGUUUGUUUUUUUCUUUAAAAGAAAGUGAACAAUGUAUAUUUUUGUUUAGCAUUGCUAAUUUUUGGUUGUACCUUGUACGUUAUCUAUGGAUAAGAUCUGAUGUGAUUGGUUGAUUCAUUUUGUAUAAAAUAUUUUGUAAGGUACAAUCUGAUUGGUUGAUUUAUACUUCUAUGGCACAAUCAUGGAGAGAUCUGAUUGGUUGAUUUUUUCCUUCUUAGUACAAUCAUUGAUCUGAUUGGCAGAAAGAAAAACAAUUAUGAUUGUUUAUGCAGGAAAUUUAUUUUUAAAUAUCUGAACAAGGUUGUUUGAACAUGUUGUGUUUCUUGAUUUCUAGCAUCAAAUUAAUACCUACCCCCCCCAAUUAUAUUUGAAUGUAAAUGAUUGAAAUAUUUAUUGUUUCUAGAGAAAGAUUCGUGGCCUUAGAAUAUUGAAUUCCUUGCUAGCAAGGGCUUAUGAUUAUCAUUUAGAUAAUUGUAUAUUAUAUAUAUGAAUAUGAUAUAGAUUGUGUUGAGAGAGAUUGAGAGACAGUCGUGGCGGGAUUAAACAUCUGGUCUUAUGAAGACCUUGGAUAUGAUUAUUUAAAAAAACAAAAACAAAUUUAUGUAAUUUAUUUAAGUAUAGGAAGUCAACCAUGUUUAUUCCCUCAGUUAUCUCCCUUUUAACUAUAAUAGAAAAAUUUGAGUAUGAACAAAUUGAUUGAAAAAAGUUUGUAUAUUUGAAUUUGUAUAAGCUUUAAAAGAUCGACCCAUGACCGCUUUAUUCUUUGUCAUUUCCUGAAACAAGAUGUAUAUUUAGCGUAGAGAACUCAUAUUCACAAUCAAUUGUUUUAUUUUUUAUUGAAGUAUACUGUUAGUGACAUUUUCUCUUUCUCUUCCCCCGUGAGAGGAGUGGGUCUUGUUAAAGCAGUUAGGUCCGCCCCUCCCCGUAUCGUUGACCUUUCACCUAUCACUGCCAUUGGACUAGAAUGUAGUGUGAUUUUAUCAUUGUGUAUGCCAGGUCAUAUUUUUUCAGAUCUCUCGUUUUUUUUGGAGUAUGAUAUAUAAAUACCUUGUAAGUCUGCUGAAAGAGAUAAAGUAAUAAAAAAAAGUCGAACUCUUCA